ACUUUGAAGAACCGAUCCCUGACGACCGUUACCAUGGCAUCUACUUUGCAAUGCUAUUGGCUGGAGUUGGUUUCCUGCUCCCGUACAACAGCUUCAUCACUGAUGUGGACUACCUGCAUCAGAAGUUUAAGGAAACGUCUAUAGUGUUUGACAUGAAUCUGAUGUACAUCGUGGUGGCUCUGGUGGCCGUCAUCCUCAACAAUGUUUACGUGGAGAGACUGAGCAUGCACACCAGGAUAACUGUCGGUUACCUUUUGGCCCUGGGGCCGCUGGUGUUUGUCAGUGUGUUUGAUGUCUGGUUGGAAAGGUUCACCAUCGAGGAGGCUUACGUGAUCAACCUUUUGUCGGUGGCAGUGGUGGCUUUUGGAUGCACAGUGCAGCAGUCCAGUUUCUAUGGUUACAUGGGGAUGCUGCCCAAGAGGUACACGCAAGGAGUGAUGACAGGAGAAAGCACAGCCGGGGUCAUCAUCUCUCUAUCCCGCAUCUUCACCAAGCUGCUGAUCUCUGAUGAAAAAAAGAACACGCUGAUCUUCUUCCUGGUCUCCAUCAGCAUGGAGCUGCUCUGCUUUCUGCUCCAUCUGGUCGUCCGGCGCUCCAGAUUUGUCCGCUACUACACCAGCCACUCCCAGGGAAAGGGGAUGGGAAAGACCCACGAUCCUCGGGACAACGGGACGGGAUACAGGGUUCACCAUGACGUGACAGCAGAGGAAGUGAGAUUUGGGAACGGCGUGACCGAACCGUCCUCCACAGAAGAGGGUCUUGAGGACUUUGUUGGAGGCACUUAUGUGCGAUUUGAUGCCCCGAAAGCCGAGAUGAGAAAAAGCUGGCCCGGAUUCCGAGAUAUCAUCUUGCACCGGUACGUGGUGUCCCGCGUCAUCUGGACCUACAUGCUGUCCAUCGCCGUGACCUACAGCAUCACCCUGUGCCUGUUCCCUGGGCUCGAGUCGGAAAUCAAGAACGCCACGUUAGGGGAGUGGUUCCCCAUCCUCAUCAUGGCCACGUUCAACAUGUCCGACUUUGUUGGAAAGAUUCUGGCAGCACUGCCGUACGACUGGUCUGGAGGCCGCCUGCUCUUCUUCUCCUGCCUGAGGGUGGUCUUCAUCCCACUCUUUGUCAUGUGCGUGUAUCCCGCCAGCGCGCCCACGCUGUCCCAUCCCGCCUGGCCGUGUCUGUUCUCCCUCCUCAUGGGAGUCACCAACGGAUACUUUGGGUCCGUGCCGAUGAUCCAAGCUGCUGGAAAAGUGCCGCCUGAACAGAGAGAGCUGGCAGGAAACACCAUGACGGUCUCCUACAUGACAGGCUUGAUGGUGGGCUCCUCGGUGGCGUACGCAGCUUACAGCUUCGCCGCUCCGGCACCAGCUCGCUUCUCCACAUUCAACGCUCAUGCGUCCUACACCAACAACACAGGGUUUUGAACUUCUGCUGAUGCGUUUGUGCACGGACCCACGCAGAAGAGCUGUUUACACCUGCAGCAGCAGCAGAGACACAAAAAUCAAACCCAUCAGUUUCCUUGGUUCUCAUUCUGCAGCCUGAUGAUGCUGACAGAAACAUCUGUGUAGGAAUCAGCAACAUCCGACAAACACAUCAAACAUGACGGUACAUUCAAUGACUGGACCAUUGUUGCUGAGUGUUCAUGGUAUUCCUGAGCGGGAACAGAGGGACAGAUGAUUACAGGACCUCUGACACAAUGAGGUUCCUUCAUGGUUGAAUACUUGUUGUCUGAUCCUCUGAAUGCACCAAUCAGAAGAAAUGUUUAAGAGGACAUCUUCGUCAUCGUGUCUGUGAGAGGAAGUUUACUCCACAGUUUCUGACAGGAUUCUCAAAUCUAAAAUCCUGAAGUCAAAGCAGUUUAUUUUAAACUUAAUGCCUCAAAACAAACCCCCCAAAAUAUGUCAAAAAAGAGAAAUUAAGGAAAAAAUAUUUAUUUUUGACAUAUUUGUUAUCUACCAGCUACAUUAGAAUUGGUCCUAAAUCUGUUAAGUGUCGCAAACUGAAACAAAAAAGCCAAAAAAGCAGAAAAAGAAGCAGAUUUGUUCAGAAAUUUGACACCUUUUUAUGAGAAGAAAGUAAAGAGCGGCGAGCAGAAGUGAUUUUUACAGCUGUGAGCAGCAGAUGGAUGGAAGAUAAACACAUUUCUAAACUUAUACCAUCGUAUUUUAAAUGACUUUUUUUCACACAUUUAAAAUAAUGAAUUAGUUGUAAAAAUGAAAGCUGUCAUUUUUCAUUUCAGAAACUCCAUAAUUGGUUUUUGCUCUUUCUCUGAUCAACAGCCUUUAACUAAUUUAAUUCUAUAUUUGCUACAUUUCUAUAAUAACAAAGCGUUUAUUCCUCUUCUUUAGUUUUUUACUCUGUUCUUGUCAUUUUCUACAGCUCCAUGAAGUCAGGUUUCUGUAUUUUGUGUGUUUAGCGCCACCUUGAGGAGCCAUGAAGUGAUUCUGGGAACUGUAGCUCUGCUGGUCUUGAAAAAAACGUAUUUUUAUUAUUUUAAUUUUUGGGCUUCAAAGCUCAAAUCUGAUUGGACAUUAAUGAAGACAAAAUAAAUUUGCUUAUGGUUCUGUUAAAUUCCCUUGACUUUAGAGAAAGAUUGACAGAUUUUUGAUUCCUUGCAGGUUAAAUAUUUGUGAUACAACAUAAAAUUAUUAACAUCCUGUAUUUUAUUGGUCUUGAAAUUAACAAAAUAUGUGUUUAUUUCAACAUUUUUAUGCCACCUGUGCAGGUGGAUGAAGAAUGUUUUUAUGUGUCUGCUGUAUGUUCAGUCAGAUUCUAUGUUCGAAACAAAAAAUGUGUUAAAAACAUCACAAAAGUGAAUGUAAAAUUGUAAACAUAUGAAUGAAAUGCAGCUCAAAGCUUUUAUUUUCUCAAAUGCAAAGUCUGACUUUAUACUGAAAGGCUUUUCCUGGUUUCAUUUGCUCUCAAAUGCUGCAUUUCUCAGUCAAGUGAAGUUCAGAUUUGACACAAUGGAAGAAGAAAAAGUGAAAAAAAAGAAAAAGGAGGCUGAUGUCUAAGAACAGAAGGCUGUGUCGAGGGAACUCACCUCAUUACCGUUUGAAUGUCCUUCAUUUUGCGAGGCCUCAGAGGGAGGGAGGGGCCAGAGCUGUUAUUUUUGGCUGAAUGUGUUUUUGAAGGACAUGAGGAGUAUCUUUGAGACGGCGGGAUUCUCCUUCCUCCGAUGGGAGCAGAAAUCACACCUCAGAUGCUGAAAGACGCUGGAAGGAAAACCCUUUACGCUGGAGUAGGGAAGCAGGCGGAGUGUCCAUCUGUCCGACAGAGUCAGUAUGCUCCCCCAAAUGUUGAAGAUGCUCCCACUGCAGAGCCAAAUCAUCUCACCAGAUCAAGGAGAAGCUGUUUCUGAAGCAGAAGAUGAAUUCAUACUUCACAGCUUUGUGUAGAAACAGAAACUCUGUUUUUAUGCCUCAUAAUAGAGAAUAACCUCUCAUUUAUACCAUGAGGGAGAAGAAAUUACAUCUUUAACAUCUCCCGUCUCCAAUGUUAAAUUUAUCUCUGUUCUGCAAGAACACGCCAUUUCUCACCUCUGGUAGCAGCGAUGAGAAACCUGUGACUGCACACUGUGAACCCCUGAAGGAAAACCCCGGAUUUGUGCCAACUCUGUAAAUAUGUGUUUAAGAAAGCGUUUACGGACCAAAAAUGUGUCGCCGCUUGGCUCAAAAAGUCUGAAGCUCUCACCAGGGAACUCAGGAAAAGAUGCAAAACGUGCACAUGCAGCUCUUUGUGCCAAUUUUUCCUAAGAAAACAAAAAGUUACCCAGAGUUUUUGGUGUAUAUAAUUCAGCCAAAGUAUGUAAUUAUUUUCAGUGUCAUAGUGACGAAUGUCUGAAAACACGAGCUCGAACUGUGAUUGACUUAUUUAUCUCAAAUGUAGGUGACAUGAAGACCUUGUACCCUUAGCAAAGCUCAAUAAACAGCUGUCUUCA